UAACAACGCAACCAUGCAGGAUCCAAAAGCAUAUCAACAAGUCAACAAUAUGCAAAGCAGAGAUCUUGAAGUUAUAUUAAAAGAAAAUCCAUUUGAAUGGAAACAGAAAUAUGCUAGAAUCAUGGACAUCGGGUGCGGCGAUGGGAGCGCCACUAUAGGUAUAUGGAAAAACCAUAUUCCAGAGGGUUUUAUGAUAGUCGGAAGUGACAAAAGUGAGAUAUGUGUAAACUUUGCGAAGAAGAAUUACGAGAGCGACAAAGUUAAAUUCAUUACGCUUGAUAUAGAAGGGAAGAUACCUGAUGAUCUGAAAGAAUGCUUUGACUACGUGGUUUCAAACUACACAUUUCAUUGGGUGCAAGGGCAAGAAAAAGGGUUCUCAAAUAUAUACGACAUGCUGGCAAAAGACGGCAAAUGUCUGCUAAUAUUCCUCGGCAAUUGCAACUGUUACGAAAAUUAUCGCACACUUUCGCGCACUACAAAAUGGCAUUCCUAUCUUAAAGAUGUCAAGACUAAGUUUAUGUCUCCAUAUCAUGAUUCUCAGGCAAAAAAGACCUAA